AUGUCAACCAACAAGGAAGGUCUCACCCCCAUCACUGUGAUUACGGGCUUUUUGGGUGCUGGAAAGACAACCUUUGUCAAUUACAUUUUGAAGGAACAGAACGAAUGGAAGAUUUGCGUCUUGGAAAAUGAAUUUGGGGAAGUUUCUAUUGAUGACGGUCUCGUCGCGGAAUCUUUGGAUGCUCCGGAGGAUCUAAUCACAAUGGACAAUGGCUGCGUGUGCUGCUCUGUGCGUGGUGAUUUGGUCCGCACAUUGGGUCAAUUGACCAAGCGCCGCAAGGAGUUUCACGCCAUUCUAUUGGAAACCACUGGAUUGGCCGAUCCCGCUCCCAUUGUCUACACGGUCCAGACCAAUUCCAAAAUGAGCGAAAACUACUACAUUGACAGCAUUGUCUGCUUGGCCGAUUGCAAGCACGUGACGGCUCACUUGGACGAAGUAAAGCCCGAAGGCAAUGUCAACGAGGCACUGCAGCAGGUCGCCUUUGCCGACAAAAUCUUGCUCAACAAAAUCGACUUGGUGACGCCGGAAGAAAAGAAAAUACUCAAGGACCGUCUGGCCACCAUCAACAAGUUUGCCACGGUCAUUGAAACGGAAAAAAGUAGGGCUCCGCUCGAAAAGAUUCUGGGACUCAACUCGUUCAAUAUGGAAUCCAUUCUCAAUUACGAUCCCGAAUUCUUUGAGAACUACGAAACCAGCAAGCACAACACGGAUCUCGUACAGAGUGUAGGAAUCAAAUUCCAAGGCAAUUUGCAUGCCCAGUGGUUCAACAUGUUCAUGAUGGACUUGCUCAAGGAACGUGCCGCCGAUCUCUACAGAACCAAGGGAUUGCUCAGUUUUCAUGGACAGGGGGACACCAAAUUCGUGUUUCAGGGAGUCCACGAACAAAUCAACUUUGGACCCGCAAAGGAACCAUGGGCCAAGGAUGAAGUCCGUGAAAACAAAUUCGUCUUUAUUGGUAAGGACUUGAAUCGAGAGGAACUCACAAAGAGUCUCAUGGAGUGCUUGUACAAGGAGGAAGCAAAAUAA